AUGGGACCGAGGUCGCCGAGCACGGCCGGGCUCAAGAGCGUGGUGUCGGACCGGCUCGGGAAGCUGGGCGGCUUCGAGAGGCUGUGGGACGAGCUCGUCGCCCUCGUGAGGAGCCCCCCUGGCACCGAGGUGGUGCGGCUGGACGUGCGCUCGCCCACGGCCUUCAACGUCGUGCGGCGGAACGCGGACGGCAAGACGUCGAUCAUCAAAUGCGAGAUCGACAACGGCCGGCGACAGUGCUCGCUGGUGACGUGCGGGGAGUCUGGCAG